AUGCCUCACACGCAGCGACAGCAGGUUGGCAGUAGGGGGCAGUGCUCCUCCCGCCUCCUCCUCCUCCUCCUUUCCCUUACUGCCCAGCUCAGCCAUGCAGCCAUACACAUACCCUCCAACUUCAAGAUGCCUCCAAUGAUCACCACACAGCCAGGGUCUGUCACCGUCUUUAGUGUUGAAGACCUCGGCAUGAAUUGCGAAGCCACUGGCAACCCUGCACCGGUUUUCCAUUGGACAAAGGAUGGAAAGGCGUUUGACCCAGGCAGUGACCCAGAGCUGAAGGUUUCCAAAGACUCCGGCUCAUUUGUAUUCUACACACUCAGUAAUACUAUGGACAACUUGAAGCAGUACCAAGGCAAAUACGUAUGCUAUGCAUCCAACGUGCUGGGGACAGCAGUCUCUAAUGAGGCCAUAUUCACCAUGGAUGUUCCCCCAUCUCAGCAGAAAGAAGAAAAGAUUAAGGUGAAAUCUGAAGAGGGAAGCAGUAUUGUUCUGAAGUGUAACCCCCCACAGAGCUCUAUGGAGCCUAUCAUUCACUGGAUGGACUGGAGGCUACAUCAUAUCAAGCUAAGUGAACGGGUGGUGGUGGGGAAAGAUGGAAACCUAUACUUUGCUCAUUUGAUGAUUAAGGACAGCAGAGAUGACUACACCUGCAAUGUUCAGUACCUUUUAACACGCACCAUUCUGGCAAAGGAACCCACCACUCUGACUGUCGAACGCUCCAACUCAGUUCGGAACAGGAGGCCCCACAUGAUGAGACCUGCUGGAAACCACAGCUCUUAUGACGCCCUUAGGGGCCAGACUUUGGAGCUUGAGUGCAUCGUCCAAGGCCUUCCAACCCCCAAAGUGUUGUGGCUCAGGAAAGACGGAGAGCUGUCUGAAUCUCGGACCACCAAAGAUAUGUUUGACCGCCGCCUGCGCUUCAAUAAUAUCUCUGAGAGCGACGGUGGCGAGUAUCAGUGUAUAGCUGAAAACUCUCAAGGGAAGGCCAUACACACUUACACUGUGACUGUGGAAGCGGCUCCCUACUGGACCAAAGAGCCAGUCAGUCAGUUGUAUGCCCCAGGUGAGGAUGUCAGACUAGACUGCCAGGCAGACGGCAUCCCCACUCCUACUAUCAGCUGGACCAUCAACGGGAUGUCCCUCUCAGAAACCGAUAACGACCCCAGACGUACUGUGACGUCAAGUGGAUCCCUGAUCCUAAAUGAUGUCAAUUUUGAAGACACUGCAAUCUAUCAGUGCCAUGCCUCCAACAAGCAUGGAACCAUCCUCACCAACACCAACGUAUAUGUCAUUGAGCUGCCUCCCCAGAUCCUCACUGAGGAUGAGAUCACAUACAAAUUUACAGAAGGCCAGAAGGCUUUACUGGAGUGUGAGAGCUUUGGCUCUCCUAAACCUAAAGUCACAUGGGAGAGCGAAAGCACCAUCUCGCUUCUGGCAGAUCCCAGAGUUAACCUGCUCACCAACGGGGGGCUCGAGAUCGCUAAUGUCACCCACAGUGAUCAGGACACCUACACCUGCUCUGUGCAGUAUAACAACUUGUCAAUCAGUGCGAUCCUGGAAGUGAUCAACAGGACAGUGAUCCUGUCACCACCACAGGCUCUGAAGGCGCAGCCUGGAAAUACAGCAACCUUCACCUGUCUGGCCAGAGUUGACCCCAGUCUCGGCGUCCCACUCCUUCAGUGGAGAAAGAAUGGUCAGAAGCUGUUUGAGUCCCACAGUGAUGAAAAAUACACAUUUGAAGGACCAGACUUGAUUAUAGCUAAUGUGGAAACAGAAGAUCAAGGCAUCUACACCUGUCAGGUCAUCACAAACCUGGACAUGGCUGAAGCCAGCGGCACCCUCACUUUAAUUGAUCGUCCAGACCCUCCUGCCCUCCUCCAGAUCACUGAACCUAAGCAUCGCGCUGUCACCCUCAGCUGGAGUCCUGGAGAUGACCACAACAACCCUGUGCUAGAGUAUGUGAUUGAGUUUGAGGACCAAGGUUCCAAGGAGAGGGGUUUGGAAGAACUGAUGAAAGUACCCGGAAACAAGGAGCGUGUUACCCUCCCUCUGCGGCCCUACAUGUCCUACCGUUUCCGGGUCAUUGCCAGGAAUGACGUGGGUAAAAGCAACCCCAGCAAGCCAUCUGAAAUCUACAACACAACUGCUGAAGCUCCCGACAAUAACCCUGAAGAUGUUAGGAGCGACUCCACAGACCCAGACAACCUAGUCAUCACUUGGAAGGAAAUGGACAAGCGUGAAUUCAAUGGACCUGACUUCAAGUACCGGGUGCAGUGGAGGCGAGUACUGGGGCAUGGACCUAGCUGGCACACAAACUACACAACAGCACCACCAUUUAUCGUCAGUGGCAUUGGCAACUUUUCUGCCUUUGAGAUCAAAGUGCAGGCUGUUAAUGAGGAAGGGGACGGACCUGAACCAGACCCUGCCAUCGGCUACUCGGGAGAGGAUGUACCAUUGGAGGCUCCUAUGGAUGUGGGUGUUGCACUACUGAACAGCACUGCCAUCAGGGUGACUUGGGCAGCAGUAAAGAGAGACACAGUCAGAGGAAACCUGCUGGGAUACAAGAUCCACUUGACCAGGACCGGCUCUAGGGGCCACCACCGAGGCCGAAGGGCCAGGGAGCCAGAGCCCUCUAUGGUGGUGGAGACUGGGGCCAACGAGGAAAGGAAGGUGAUCGGUGAUCUUAGACCAUUCUCCCACUAUGACCUGGCUGUCCGUGUAUUUAACAGCAAGGGAGAAGGACCGCUCUCUGAGGCACUGUCCUUCAAGACUGAUGAGGGAGUUCCUGGUCCUCCCUCAUCUCUGACAUUGGACAGCCCAUCAGAGACAGAAAUGACCCUCCACUGGACACCACCUAGUCAGCCCAAUGGAAUCCUCUCAGGAUAUCUACUGCAGUACCAACAGGUUGUGGAGAGUGAUGAUAGCCCCAUGCAGGUUGAGACAAUAGAGGACUCCACUGUCACCCACCUCACCUUAAGGAACCUGGACCGACACAGCCACUACCGUUUCUACCUGAGGGGUCGCACUAUUGCUGGGGAUGGAGAGCCCAUCGUGAGGGAGGGUGCCACCACACUGGAUGGAGCGCCUCCUGUCAACAUUAGCCUGUCUGUAGGAGAAACCUCAGUUAACCUCAGCUGGGUGGCAAAGAAGAGACACAGGAAUGUUAACUUCCAGAUCCACUCCAUCAACAAAAAUGAAGGCGGUAAAUCGAAGAAAACAGAAAUGGUGAACUCCUCUCAGUCUUUUUACCAGCUUCAGGGCCUGACACCUGGCUCUCAAUAUCGUCUACUCUUCACCUACAACAACACCGAUUUCUGGGACACUGUCAUCGAGACAGAGGGAACAGGAGUGACAGAGGUGCAGCCAAGCUUUGCAACACAGGGUUGGUUCAUUGGCGUUGUGAGUGCCAUCGUGCUGCUGCUGCUGAUACUGCUCAUCCUCUGCUUCAUCAAGAGGAGUAAAGGGGGGAAGUAUUCAGUGAAAGAUAAAGAAGAGGGCCCGAUGGACUCGGAAGCACGACCUAUGAAGGAUGAGACUUUUGGAGAGUACAGUGACCUUGAGGUGAAGCUUUCAGAAAGCCAGGCGUCCCUGGUUGAGGAUAGCAAGCUGUGUAGCAAGGACAACCUGGAUUUCAACAGCAGCAGUGCCAGGACCACUGAGCCCAUCAUGUAUGAAUCUCUGGUCAGCCAGUUCAGCCAGCCCAGCGAGGACCCAGAAACACUCCAGAGCCUGCCAGAUAACUCCCUGCUCAACUCCACCACCAUCUCCCCAACCACCAACGGCCUGCCCAACGCAGUCACCAUUCUCGAUUAACCCCCAUACAUCCACCGGUGAUUAACAGACCAAAACAUGUCAACACAUAUGUGCCCCUAUGCUCCUGUUCCCCGUUGACUUGCUCAUUUUUAGUUUUGACUAAUACACAAUCAAUUUAUUGACAAUUCAGAUGCUCCUGGCAGUCAUCUGAUCGACUGGACUAUUUUGACCAAAGGAGUGUCCAAAGUAGUGGACAAUGUGAUACAUGUGUGACUGACGCGACAUACAGCAACUCUGACCUGGAGAUGUCCUU